AUUUAGGUCGUUCGUUACAAUGGCUAUUGAGCGUGUGGCCUAUGUUGCCAAGAUCAAAGGUCUCAGUCGGGAAGUGAAGAUUGUAAUUGAGUGAUUAGUUCAUCUAACAGUUUUCAGAAAGAUGUCAAACAGUUCUUCAAGCCGAUAAGGAUCAAGGACUUCAAAGUACUAAGGAAUGGUAUGGGUAUUGUGUUUUUUCGCAAUAAGCAGCACUUGGAUGAAGCCCUCAAAAAGAAAGGACACGUAUGUGGGAGAGCAGUAAAGAUUGAGGAGCACAUUAAAAGAGAGAGUAAUACAUCAAAUGUGCAACAGUCUGACAAACCUAACUGGCCAGUCAAGACAAGCGAAGAAACAGUAUCUGCUAUAUUAGAGACUGGUCGAUUAUUUGUUCGUAAUUUGUCGUAUGAUUGCACUGAACAAAUGCUUGAAAAGUUAUUUUCUGUUUACGGCUCCUUAUCGGAUAUUCACCUGGCUUUUGACUCUUGGUCGCAAGUAUCUAAAGGGUUUGCAUUUGUCACUUUCAUGUUCCCGUCUGACGCUGUAAAAGCCUACAAAUCACUAGACAAAACAAAGUUUAUGAAUAGGCUAAUCCACAUCCUCCCUGGUCAAGAACAUCUGGAACCAAAGCAUCCAGUUAAAAACCCUUUGAACAAUUCCCAUGGCAAUGAAAAUUCCACUGAUUCGUCAAAAAUGUUGCAAUCAAGUUUUCAAAAUGAUCGAUUUCAAGAAUUGAAAAAGGAUGCAAGUGUUGGACAUAAUUGGAAUGCCUUAUUUAUUCGUCCAGAUGCUGUUGCUACUUAUUUAGCUGCGAAAUUCGGUUUGACCAUGGAACAAGUUUUAGAUCCAUCAAGUAAUAAAUCAGUUGCUGUACGAUUAGCACAUGGUGAAACUCAAUUAAUUACUGAAAUGAAAGAAUUUUUAAAAACUCAUGGUGUACGAUUGGAAGCUUUUGAAAAGCACAAUAAUGAGACCGAAGCAAAGGCAUUAGAAGAUAAUUCUGUUAUUGUUCAUGAAACAUCAGGUCAACGGAAUCGUUUAGAAUCAAAAUCAAAAUCAGCUAUUCGUCAAUUAUCAGGAACUGCAUUUUUAAUAAAAAAUCUACCAGCUGGAACAACUGAGUUUGAAAUUCGAGAUUUGCUUAAACAAUAUACGAAAAGGGCUGCAACUGCGGAUUCUACCAACUCUUUACAUCGUUCUGGAUUAAAACGUGUUCUGGUACCACCUUUAGGUAUUACGGCUAUUGUAGAAUAUGCUCAUUCUCAACAAGCUCGAUUAAUGUACAAAGCGCUUGCAUAUGAACCGUUUAGAGACAGUGUUCUCUUUCUACAAUGGUUACCGGAAGGAGCUUUAAAAUCAUCCACUCCUGAUGAUAAUGAAAGUGAGCCAAUAAAAUCUGAAGAAGCUUCUACGCAUAAGCCGAUGAAGGCGAAACACAAACACUCAUCUGUUGUUAAAGUUGAAAAAAUGGAACAAUCUGACGAAGAAUUCGAACUGGUUACAUCUAUUCCAACUGGUAAACGCAAAUUCAAGGAAGAAGAAGAAGAAGAAGACAACGACAACGAAGAGACAACAACAACAGCGGCAGCAGCUAUGAAUUCACAUCAGCCAUCAAAAUCCAAGAAAAUUAAAAAACAUUUAAAUAAAAAACAAAAAAUUGAACAACAAACUAAUGAUGAAUCAAUGGAAUUGGAAUCAAUUCACAAAACUACUGUACAUAAAAGCAAAAAAAUUAAAUUCACUGACGAUGAUGAUGCUGAUGAUGUUGGAGUUGAUCAUGUCCGUUUGCCUCAUUCUAAUGAUACAAAUAUUGUAAAUAAACAUGAUACUAAUGAACAAGCAUACAAAGAAAAGAUCAAUAACAAAAAACUCAUAUCAUUGAAACAAUUGAAAAAAAAUAAUGUUUUAAUUGUUCGUAAUGUUCCAUUUCAAGCUACACAAAAAGAAUUGGUUGAAUUAUUUCAACCAAUUGGUGGUUUGGUCAAUGUUCGAUUACCGAAAAAAUCAACUGGUGGACAUUGUGGAUUUGCUUUUGUUGAAUUUGAUACAUUGGAUAAAGCAAAAAUUGCAUUAGAGACAUUGGGUAUAUCUACACAUUUAUUAGGUCGUCGUUUACUUAUGGAAUAUGCACAAACAUAAAUAAAAACAAUUCUUGUAAAACUUGUAAUUGAAUUUCUAUCUUUGUAAAUAAUAAUAAUUCAUUCAAAUAAAUUUAUUU